AUGGCACCCAAAACGCGAAGCGGGUCCAAAUCUACGAAGCGAGGCCGCAUACACGAUGCACCAGAGACACCGCCGUCGUCGCGAGGUAGCGUGAAUGCUGCUGAGAAAAAGAACAAACAGUGCAGCCAGUCCGCGAGAGCAGAGGCAAAACGAAGUGUCGAGGGACUAGUAGGGAAGACCUUGGGUUUCGUUCGGAGUUACAAGUGGUGGUGCGUUGCCCUGCUAACCGUUGUGUUGGUUCUGGUAGCGGCGCGUCUUGCGGUGCUGCUCUCACCUAGUGGAUAUGCCUUCCCGCGGGAGCGGCAUCCGUGCGCGUGCGCAGUGGUGGCUUCCACCUCCAAUCGGCUGGCAAAAGCCGUCCUCAGCCGUCGCACUGGAGUGAGCGGGGUCCACUGGCGAACAGAGGAGACGGGGCUGGACUCACUGUCGUUUGCGACCCAGUGCAGCGGCGGCGCUGUCGUUACGCUGUCCGGACCCUUCGAGUCGGUUGAUCAGCUCAGGGCGGCGUUGAUAGCGCCAUUCAAAGAUCGUCGCAGCCGCUGUGUGGUAUGGGUGACCACCCCGGAAGCAGUGAAGCGAGUGGCGAACUCACUGAAGGAGCUCAUGGAGAACAAUGCUCUUAGCGGAAAGACAGUGGUGCCAGCGCACAGCCGCGCCACGCUCAUGCUCAAGUCGCCGGAAUCACGGGAGCAGUUGAAGUCCAGCUUACCACACCGUGUGGUGCACAUGCUGACUGAAGUUUGA